GAGGGGGGUUCCCACCUUUGGUCUAUGACAUUGGAAGCCUGUCCUUACAACGCACAGUAGAUACUAGUAAAUUUAAUUGUUCAGGUAUAUUGCUUAUCAUAUGCAUUAUCUAGUUUUCUUUUGAUAGUUGAGACCGGGUAUUGAUAUUAUUCAUUGAUCAUUUUUGCUUCUAACCUUUAUUAUUUCAAUGUUGAAUGAUUCAAGUGGUGGUGAAGGAGAUGAGAUAGAUAAUGAUUCAGUGGAGCUUGAGAAAAGUAACAUUCUUCUAAUGGGUCCAACUGGCUCAGGGAAGACUUUACUUGCAAAAACCCUGACACAGCUUGUAAAUGUUCCUUUCAUUAUUGUUGAUGCAACAACACUGACUCAGGUUGCAGACUUUAAUGUGGCAGCUGCCCAGCAGGGGAUUGUCUACAUAGAUGAAGUCGAUAAAAUUACCAAAAAGACUGAAAGUCUCAAUCUUAGUAGAGACGUAUCAGGAGAGGGCGUCCAGCAGGCAUUACUGAAAAUGUUGGAAGAAACGGUUGUGAAUGUUCCAGAGAAGGGAGCUCGAAAGCAUCCCCGAGGUGACAAUAUUCAGAUUGACACAAAAGAUAUCCUCUUCAUAUGUGGAGGGGCUUUUAUUGAUUUGGAGAAAACGACCUUAGAAAGACGCCAAGAUUCUUCUAUUGGGUUUGGAGCACCAGUACAUGCAAACAUGAAGACUGGUGGUCUUACAAAUGCUUUCGUGACCUCCUCCUUGUUGGAAACUGCAGAGGGUGGUGAUCUUAUUGCAUAUGGUUUGAUACCAGAAUUUAUUGGGAGGUUCCAAAUCCUUGUUAGUCUAUCAGCUCUAACUGAAGAUCAACUUAUUGAGGUCCUCGCAGAGCCAAAGAAUGCCCUGGCAAAGCAAUACAGAAAGUUGUUUCAAAUGAACGGUGUCAAGCUUCAUUUCACAGAAAAGGCUUUGAGACUAAUAGCUAGAAAAGCAAUGCUUAAAGACACUGGGGCUCGAGGCCUACGAUCCAUAUUGGAGAACAUUUUGAUGGAUGCAAUGUAUGAGAUUCCAGACACAAGAACAGGAAAUGAUAAAAUAGAUGCUGUUGUGGUCGAUGAGGAAGUCAUUGUAGCUGCAGGACAUCAUUGCAGUGCUAAAAUUCUUUAUGGUGAUGGUGCAUUGGAUCAUUACCUUUCACAGCAUAAAUCAAGUGAUCGACAGACAAACUUGGAAGGGUCUGAUAGGGAGGUGGAUGUGGAACCAGAGGGAGACCUUUCUUCUAUUGUUGCCAACAUGUAGCUUUGUAGCCAUGUGAGUCCAUUUGUAAUUUUAACCCUGUAAAUUGAUUAGCGUAUAUUUAGUCAAAAACUUGUACUUCUUAUUGGCUGGUUGUAUAUCAAGUCUUGUACCGCA